GCCUUCUCUCUAUUCUCCUCCCUCUUCUCUACCUUCAAAAUGCGUUUCACUACAGUUUUCACAUCCGUGCUGGCCCUCGCCGCCGGUGCCAACGCUGCCGUCAGCGCUUCGGACAUGAAGAACAAUAUCGACCAGAUUACCGAUGUGUCUGCUGACACCAAUGACAUCGCUAAGUCCCUCUCCGUGACGAACAUGUUCCAGAAGGCUCCUGAAGUGAUCGAAAGCUUCAAGCGCAUCAUUGUGAUGGUCACCAAGGACAUCUCCGCUAUGAACGACAAGCGCUCUCUGCAGGCCCGCCAGGAGUGCCUGAACGUCAAGGAUAUUGAAGGAUGUCUCGAGGGCCUUGGCGAGAUCAUCGAGGACCCCGGCGAGAUCCUUGGUAGCAAGCGCGACGUUCCGGACCUCGGCAAAACCCUUGGUCGCAAGCGCCAGUCUCCUGACUACAACGACAUGGAGCAGAACCAGAUCUGCGGAGCUUUCCGUGGUUUCGUCCAAGUCCACCAGGAACUGCUGAAGACCAUUAUUGGCAAGCACGGCCUGCUGAGCCUGACUCCCUUCACCCAGCCCAUUGCUGCUGUUCUCCGCACUCUGGAGGUUGUUGUUGACACCAUUGCUUUCAGCAUCAUCGACACCGUUCCUACCUGUGCUGAGGGUGCUACCAACGACAAGAGCAGCCUGGACGACACCCUGACGGAUGCCUUAGACACCUACAACUAAGCGUAAAAGCAUGGAAUGCGCUCUUUUGGCAUCAAUUAAUGCUUUCAAUUCUUAAUCUUCUGUCAUACUCUUUCUAACGUUACAACUUUGAGAUAUGCUAAUGACGACUAUCACUUGAGAUUAAUUGAAUAAUACUAUGAAC